AUGGAAGAGAAUGACAUUGUGUCACUUGACCAUCUACAGCAUAAUGAAGAAAAGCAUAAAGAUGACGGCUUGGGAACGUCAUGGUACAAUGACGGUGUUCAAAGCAAAAUUGACCAUGCGAUUUUACUGAAUGAUGGUCAAGCGGAGAUUAUCAACACAUAUAAAGAUUAUCUACUUAAUCCAGAUAAUCCUGGUGGCACUGCUCUGCCUCCAUCUGUUGCGCUCUUAACAUGCAAAGGAGGAACUGGAAAAAGUUUUGUUACCCACCAGUUGCUGAAGAUUGGCAACCACAAAACAAAAACUGUUUGGACCCUAGCAUCCAACAACUUGAAUGCAGCUGAUAUCGAUGGCUCUACAAUUGCAAGUGUACUAAAACAAAGAAUUCAGCAAAAAAUGGAAGAGGCAAAGACAGUACAACAAAAAAUCAGCCAUGCUGCAGUUUUGGCAUUGGAAAGGCAAAAUGUAUGCAAUGCACGAUUGAUAAUCAUUGACAAAAUAUCCAAUGUUACAGCAUCCAAGCUGGGUCAACUGUCUCGGCUCUUUAGUGAGUGCACACAAAAGCCAAAUGAAUUUUUUGGAGGCAUCCCAGUUUUGUUAGUUGGUCAUUCCAAUCAAAAAGAACCAGUUGGUGGACUAUUGGCAACGACCUCCCUUUUGAAAAAAAUUGACAAUGAAACAAAGGCAAAAGAAGAUGCAACAAGAAGGAAACAAAAUAAGGCAAAACACUGGAAAAUGCUUUCAAAUCAUAAAUCAGCAUCAAUUAUUGAUGCUAAUUCCAAUAAUGUGGCUUCAGACAGCACUUUGGGAUGCAAAAUACUUGCAAGCUGCAGAUGGUUUGAACUCACAGCGGCAGAGCGAAGCAAAGAUAAAGAGCAUAAUGAAAAUGUGGACAGACUUUAUGAUGGAAUGCCAAUUCAGCUUGACAAAUUUCACAUGUAUAAGAUGUACAAUGACAACACAUUGAUGGCUGAUUCACCAGAGGAGCGGCUUAGGUGGUUAAAAGCUCCUGUAAUUGUCAAGACCAACAGAGAACGAUGUGCAAUCAACUACGCAAGAGCUCUACAGUUUGCGAAGGCCACAAAUGCCAUUUUGGUUUGA